AACAUGCCCGAGGGUCCCAAGGAUGCCCUCAACAAGUGGUCCCGCAAGAUCACCCAGCCCAAGUCCCAGGGCGCGUCCCAGGCGAUGCUCUACGCCACCGGCCUCCAGCCGGAGGACAUGAACAAGCCCCAGGUCGGCGUCUCCUCGGUUUGGUGGGAGGGUAACUCCUGCAACAUGCACCUCAUGGACCUCGCCGCGAAGGUCAAGGAGGGCAUCCAGGCCGAGGACAUGGUCGGCUACAGGUUUAACACCAUCGGCGUGUCCGACGGUAUCUCCAUGGGUACCCCCGGCAUGUCCUUCUCCCUUCAGUCCAGAGAUCUCAUCGCCGACUCCAUCGAGACGGUCAUGGGCGGCCAGUGGUACGACGCCAACGUCAGCCUCCCCGGCUGCGACAAGAACAUGCCCGGAUGCAUCAUCGCGAUGGGCCGCCUCAACCGCCCCGCCAUCAUGAUCUACGGCGGAACCAUCAAGCCCGGCACCUCGUCCCAGGGCGAACCCCUCGACAUCGUCUCCGCCUUCCAGUCCUACGGCCAGUACGUCACCGGCGCCAUCGACGAGGAGACGCGCUGCGACAUCGUCCGCAAGUCCUGCCCCGGAGCCGGCGCCUGCGGCGGCAUGUACACGGCCAACACCAUGGCCUCCGCCAUCGAGGCCCUCGGCAUGUCCCUCCCCUACUCGUCCUCCAUCCCCGCCGAGGACCCCCUCAAGAUGGACGAGUGCUUCAUGGCCGGCAAGGCGAUCAAGCACCUCCUCGAGAUUGACCUCAAGCCCCGCGACAUCAUGACCCGCGCCGCGUUUGAAAACGCCAUGACCAUCGUCAUCGCGCUCGGCGGUUCCACCAACGCGGUGCUCCACCUCAUCGCCAUGGCGCACUCCGUCGGUAUCGACCUCACCCUCGAUGACUGGCAGGCCGUCUCCGACCGCGUUCCCUUCAUCGCCGACCUCAAGCCCUCCGGCAAGUACGUGAUGGAGGACGUUCACAAGGUUGGCGGUACCCCCGGCGUGCUCAAGUACCUCAUGUCCAAGGGUCUCAUCGACGGUAGCUGCAUGACGUGCACCGGCAAGACCAUGGCCGAGAACCUCGCGUCCUGCCCCGACCUCUCCGAGGGCCAGCAGGUUAUCAUGCCCAUCGAGAAGCCCAUCAAGAAGACGGGCCACCUCCAGACCCUCUACGGCAACAUCGCCCCCGAGGGUUCCGUGGCCAAGAUCACCGGUAAGGAGGGUCUCUACUUUAAGGGCUUCGCCAAGUGCUACGACUCCGAGGAGCUCAUGCUCGCGGCGCUCUCUGAGGACCCCGAAUCGUUCAAGGGCUCUGUCAUCGUCAUCAAGUAUGAGGGACCCAAGGGUGGCCCCGGCAUGCCCGAGAUGCUCACCCCGACCUCAGCCAUCAUGGGCGCGGGUCUCGGAAACGACUGCGCCCUCAUCACCGACGGACGCUUCUCCGGGGGCUCCCAUGGCUUCGUGAUCGGCCACAUAACCCCUGAGGCGCAGGUCGGCGGGCCCAUCGGCCUCAUCGAGGAUGGCGACAUCAUCGAGAUUGACGCCGAGAAGAGGACGAUUGAGGCCGUCGACGUGACUGAGGAGAUUUUCGCGGAGCGCAGGAAGAAGUGGGAGGCGCCCCCCCUGGAGGCCACCUCCGGUACCCUCUACAAGUACAUCAAGUGCGUCGCAUCCGCCUCGCAGGGCUGCAUCACCGACCUCUGAGUGUCUUAGUCACGGGUUCAAUCGGUUAUUUCUAGAGGGUGUUAAUCGAACGUCAUAGUUUUCAA